AUGACUUGCAACGUUCAAGGAGUUGCAUUCAUCACUGGAGGUGCAUCGGGAAUUGGCAAGAGCACUGCCUUUGCCCUAGCCCGCAACGGUAUCAGUGGGCUAGCUCUUCUUGAUCUCAACUUGUCUUUGCUUGAAACAGCUCAAGCCGAACUCCAAAUUCAGCACCCAAAUGUCGGCGUUGAGAUCCUACAAGUGGAUGUCGCAGACGAGGCAUCAGUUGACGCAGCUGUCCAACAAACUGUGGAGCGAUUCGGCCGCAUUGACAUCGGCGUCAACUGUGCUGGCAUAAGCGGAAAUCCCACUUCAACUCACCAAAUGACUUUAGCAGAGUGGAAGAAGGUCAUUGAUAUCAACCAAACUGGAGUCUGGCUCUGCCAAAGAGCUUUGAUCCGGCAGAUGCUAACACAGGAGUCUCGUGGUAUUCGGGAGGGGCGUGGAGUUAUUGUCAAUGUCUCUUCCAUGUUCGGCAUUGGCGGUCCACCAGGUCCAUUUGGGAUUCCACACUACACUGCAGCAAAACACGCUGUUGUCGGAUUGACCAAAAUGGACGCCAAAGCAUACUCGCGGGAUGGAAUCCGUAUCAAUGCCAUAUGUCCUGGUUUCGUGGACACCCCAAUCAUUAAAGAGCAGAUUGAGUCCGGGUCAAUGGACGCCCAGUUUCAGAUGACACCCAUCGGCCGGCCGGCACAGGUUGAGGAGAUUUCCGACGCAAUGCUCUUCCUUUGCUCCAUUUCGAGCAGCUAUAUGUGUGGAGCGGCGUUGGUCGUUGACGGAGGUUUCACCGUCUGA